AAGCAAGUAGUCAAGAGUUUCAUUAUAGUUGGUUGUUUAGAAGCUAUAUUUUCAAUUUCCUUACUGAUUUGUGGUAUAUCAGGUGCUGUAUAUGGUAAAGGUGAAUAUUAUGCAGGAGCAUUUGUUGCUGGUGGCUUUUUUCUUCUAAAAGGAAUAUAUUUUAUCAACUUUUACUGGAAGGGAAUAUCAAGUAAAACAGAUGAUAAUAGGGUCCUUUCACAACUGUUACUAUACAGUAAUCCUAUAAUGAUCUUUGGUUUCAUGGCCUGCAUUGUUGGGAUCAUCCUUACCUCUGUAUCAGGAGCUUUUUCAAGUUGUGAUAGAAGCUGGUUCCCAGAUUCAGACAAAGCAUGUGAUUCGGAUAUAGGAAAGUAUAGAAGUGUUGCUAUACCUAUAUUAGUGUUUGUGCUUCUUUGUUUAGGUUUGAACAUUUAUACAGUAUAUUAUGUAUGUAAAAAUCAAUAUAGAUUUAGUAGGGAAAACUUCCCUAGUGGCAGAAGGACCUUUCGACAGAUGUUAGGAGAAAACAUGGCAGCUCAAGAGGAGGCAGGAUAUCAAGUAGAUCAAAACUAUUCUGGUGUUAAAAUUGGAAUAAGUCCUUACGCUGGGCCUGAUUAUCCAAUAGGAUCUAACCCCUCUGGCUAUCCUAUGGGCCCUGCUGAAGGAUAUUCUAUUGGUUCAACAACAAGUUAUCCCAUUGGACCAAUAUCAGGCGAUUCAAAGGGUCCAAUCACAGGUUAUUCAAUGGGACCAGGUAGUUCUCCUCGAGAGCAGCAAUUCCCUGGACCUUAUCCAGCACCAUCAGCUCCUCCGCCAACAAUUGGACCAUUAAAUGUUAAAAUUGAUUUGAAUCAGCCGCCAGAAGAGCCAUCUGCUCCUCCACCAUCUUAUGAAAGUGUCACUAAACAGUGAGAUACAACAUGAACGUCUGUAGUGUUUACAUGUAACUGUUGUAUUUGAUAAUUCUUAUAAGAAAUCCCUGUUGUUAGAGGCUUAAGAACACUGUAGUAAUUUCAAAGUUAAAAAAGUUUCCAAUGGAUUUUCAAUCAAACCUUAUUUUUAAGAAAUAGUAUAAACCUUAUUUCAAUGAAAUAUAUCAUAAACUUUCAUUCGGUGAGAAAUACCAUCAACCUUGUUUCAAUGAAAAUUAACCUAAAUCUUUGUACAAUUAAAGCUAUAAUCAGUUUUAUUUCAGAGAAAUUUUCAAAGAGAAAGAUCAUAAUUUUGAUUUCAGUGAAAAAUACAAAUAAUCCCGUUUCAGUGAGAUUGACCAGCGUUAUUUCAAUAUAAAAGACAGAAACCAUAUUUUAGUAAGAAAUACCAUAAACAUUAUUUCAGAGAGAAAUGCGAUAAAUCUUACAUCUGAUAAAACAUCAUAUACCAUAUGUCUAUGAAAAAUACCUUCAACCUUAUCAAAGUGAAAAAUAACAUAACCCUUCUUUUAGUAAAAAACAUAAAUAUUAUGCCUUUGAAAAAUGCCAUGAACUAUACUUUAGAGAGAAAUGCCAUAAAACUUAUUUCAGUCAGAAAUAACAUAAAACCAUUUUUGAUGGAAAUUAACAUAAACCUUAGUUUAGCAGGGAAUACCAUGAAUCUUAUUUCGGUGAUAUAAUAUAAAUAUUUAUCAUAUGUUUAGUAGUAAAACCAGAAGUUUUGCAUAUUUUAUAAAUAGCCUGCUGUUUAAUCCAUAUCACGCAACUUUGAUGCGCGACCUUAAUCGAUUGCCUUUAUCACACCGGUCCCUACCAUUUAUCGCAUACCCUUUAUCACACCCCUACUUUUUUUUUUUACCUAAAGUCAGUUUUGUUUAUUUCCUUAAGAAAAAUUUUCCUCAAAAUAGGUCAAUUUUUUGAAUGACGUCAUUGUUUGUUAUGUGACGUCACGAACGUCAAGAUUUCAUAUUUGUUGGCACACUAAAUGCAACUAUAAAAAAUACAUAACACACAAAUAAAUACAAUAAUAAACAAAAUAUUUUUAAAACAACAUCACGCAAAUUGUAAGGUAACCCAGGUGAUUCGGAUAAGUAAUUGAGCAGUUCUUUUGAGGCCUUUGAAACAAGACAAAAGUAGAACUGAAUGUAACCCAGUGCUAUGGAUAAGAAAACAGUUCAUAUAAUAUAAUACUCUUCUGUUGAAAUAUAUGAUAAAGCGUAUAAUACAUGGCAAAAUCCGUAUCACAUGCUGUGUCACCCUCGACCAAUAUCAUCCCUCGGGCCUAAAUGCCCUUGGGCUGAUAUUGAUGUCUCGGGAUGAUACGACAUAUGAUACGAAUUUUGCCAUGUAUUAUUCUCUAUAUAUCAUGGAGGAAUAUCAUAAAUCUGACUUCAGUGAAUACAUCACAAAUUGUAUGUCAAUGGAUAAAAAUAUAUUAUAUAACUUAAUGUAAUUACAAGAAUUUAUGUCACCAAUAAUAAAUCAUGUUAUUGAGUAUGUUAUUAUAAGCUUGAAUGUCAACUAUAGUGAACAAUUUGUUUUGGUAUGUUAUUAUAAGCUUGAAUGUCAACUAUAGUGAACAAUUUGUUUUGGUAUGCUAUUAAAGGCUUGCAUGUCACCAAUAAUGAAUCAUGCUAUAUAGUAUGUUAUCACUAGCUUGUAUGUCACCAAUAAUGAAUCAUGCUACAUAGUAUGUUAUCAUAUACUUAGACUAAAUAACAUAUGAUUUUUACCGUAUGAUAUUAGCAUUAAACUAGUAUUUUCCAUAUUUUUCGAAUGAGUGCUUAGCGGGCUGAUAUGAAAAGUUUAUCACAUGCUUCGAUUGUUAUCACAUGCCUUUCCGUAACGUUAUCACAUGGCAUUCCGGUGAUACUCGGCAAAUUCCGGAAAAUACACCUCAAAACUACUUUUUCAGUGAAAAAACAUUACAAAGUAGUGUACAAAAAAUUAUUUGAAUACUAGAAAGUAUAUGGUGUAAAAUAAUUAAAUUAAAUUAAAAAAAAAUGAAAUAAAUGCAUUUUUUAAAGUUUUUAUGAAACAUAAUUUAAAAGCCCGUGAACUUUUUACUCCUUCAAAAGGAUCAAUAUAUGAAUCUGUUAUUUGUCUCUACUGUUGAAGCAUAUGAUAAAAAGAUCAUAAUAUGUCAUUUUUCAUAUCGCAUGUAUUAUCAGCCCUCGGUCAAUAUCAGCCCUCGAGCCAUGCGGCUCUUGGGCUGAUAUUGAACCUAGGGCUGAUAAUACAUGCGAUAUGAAAAAUGGCAUGUAAUAAUCUGAUAUUAUCACUAGCUUAUAUGUCACCAAUAAUGAAUCAUGCAUAAUGGUAUGUUAUCAUUAGCUUGUAUGUCACCAAUAAUGAAUCAUGCAUAAUGAUAUGUUAUCAUUAGUUUGUAUGUCACCAAUAACGAAUCGAGUUAUAUGGUAUGUUGUUAUUAUCUGGCAUGUCACCAACAUGCAUCAUGUUAUUAAAUAUUUUAUCAUUAGCUUGUAUGUCACCAAUAUUGAAUCAUGUUAUUCAGUAUGUCACCAUGCAAUAACGUGCUAUUGAUUUUUUAAAAUAUUUAAUUCUUAAUAUAUGAUAUUAACAAUUUACUGUUAUCCUCAGAGGUCAAGAUCAUUGUUAACUAGAUGUCAUCAAGUGCUUUCUUCGGGGGUCAAGUUGAUUUUCAAUUAGAUGUCAUUAAUUUCUAUCCUCGGGGUCAAGUUGAUUGUCAAAAGAUAUGUCAUACGUAACAAUUCCAAAAUAUUGAUUAUUUUUACGAUUAAUACAUUUUUUAUUGUUCUCAUUUCAAGUUUGUAAUUUUGAAAUGUGUUUAUAUGUUAUAAAUCGAAUUUUAGAGUUUGCGAAAUCUCCGUGGAAAUGAAUCUGGAAGUUAAUGCUCCUUCAAUUUAAGUGCCAUAAAACAAUUUCACUGAAUAAAGGCAUGUGAUAGUUGUAGUAAAGCUUUAUAUUUAGGACUAUCAACAUAAUAUCAAUUGUUAGUAAAGAAUGCGAGACAUUUCAGCGUGUGCUUUCUUGUUGUUUGAUUGUAAUAAUAUUCAUCAUAUAAUAAUUACACUUGGCAAAUAGCAAUGGGACAGUUAAAAUAUACACUUAACUCGAGUUAAUAACUAUCUCAUUGCCAUAAAAUUUGCCAAUUUCACUAAAUAAAGGCAACAGUAGUAUACCGGUGUUGAAAAGUCAUAAACCGAUAAGCAAAUUUCAGAUUCAUCUGACGAAAGAUUUUUGACACUUUUUAAACACUUAAGUGUCUUUUUUAUUUGAUUCAAUUAGUUUAUUUGAAAGAUUUUAAGUGAUUUAGGCAUUAAAAACGCUCCGACUCAAGCUGAAAUAUGAAAAAUAUAUCAAAUAUGCCAAAAAUGUAACUUUUCAGAUGGUUUUGUCAAAACUGAAAGUUGCCGCAUCUGUAUUCAUCCUCAACCUUUAUAUAUGGUAUGUAUAUCCAUCAAACACAACUUAAAUUUCAAUAUCAAGAAUGAGCACAAAUGCGGCCACUUUCAUUUUAGACGGACACCGUCUAAAAUUUAACUAAAAUGCUUAAAUUGUGAAGAUUUCAGUAAUUUAGCAUGACUUAAUGAUGCUAGUACCCGAUAUGUGUGCAUUUUAUUGUCAAAACUAGCCCAUAUUUAUGCAGCAGAAGCAUUCUACUUUCCAAUGAAUAACUAAGAAUUUACAUUUUAAUAGUUUUGCAAAACUGCUACAUUUUGGGGCCAAAAAGGGGUCUUACUGGACCUACUCCUAGACAUUUUUUCAAUUUUUUUGUUAAAGAUUUCCCUGUAUUUAUUAUAUGCGGAAGUAUUAUGUGAUGUCGAACUUUUGAAGGAAAUCAUUGUUUCAAUAUCCAGGUUAUAGAAUUUUAUAUCAUGCCUUUCAAACCUUGUGUAUGUGUCUGUAUAUAAAUAAAGGCAACAGUAGUAUACUGUUGUUCAAUAGUCA